GAAUGAGGGAGUGAAUGUUCCGGGUCAGAAACUGGACGGGAGAGGAAAUUAACUCCGGGACGAGACGGGGGGAAGAAAAAAAGACACGAGAAUGCGACCCGCUUCCACACGGAGAUGUGACGCGCAGGUUAAACGUUAAAGAGACGGAGAUUUAAAAGCAAAACGAAACAAAAAAGGAGACGCAGAUCGACGCGGGCGACGAAGAGUACAGGUGCCCUAAAAAAACUACUAACCAAAGUGAGACAUCGACGGAGAACAACUCUGAACGCGCCGCGUCGGUGUUCGCUCGCGCCAAUCUGUUGCAUCGCUCCGUCCUGCCCGCUGUUUGUUUGUUUGUUAGUCGCGCGGGUUCGAGGUCUCCCCCCCCCCCCGUGAUGUUUCACUGCAUCCCCCUGUGGCGGUGCAACCGUCACGUCGAGGCGAUCGAUAAGCGCCACUGCUCCCUGCUGUAUGUGCCCGACGAGAUCUACCGCUACGGACGAAGUUUGGAGGAGCUGCUGCUGGACGCCAAUCAACUCCGAGACCUGCCCAAGCCAUUUUUCCAGCUGGUGAAACUAAGAAAACUUGGCCUGAGUGACAACGAGAUUCAGAGACUUCCGCCAGAAAUAGCCAACUUCAUGCAGCUGGUAGAACUGGAUGUGUCUAGAAAUGAUAUUAUGGAAAUUCCAGAGAGUAUUUCAUACUGCAAAUUCCUCCAAGUGGCAGAUUUCAGUGGAAAUCCAUUAACAAGAUUACCCGAAAGCUUCCCAGAGCUAAGGAAUCUAACAUGCCUUUCCAUCAAUGAUAUUUCAUUACAAGUUCUACCAGAUAACAUUGGGAACCUUUCCAAUCUGGCAUCACUAGAACUCCGAGAAAAUCUGCUGACAUUCCUGCCAGAGUCACUUUCUAUGCUUCACAGACUUGAAGAGCUCGACUUAGGAAACAACGAGCUGUACAGCUUGCCAAAGUCAAUAGGCGGUCUUGUUAGCUUAAAGGACUUGUGGCUGGAUGGAAACCAGUUGGCCGAAAUCCCUUCUGAGAUGGGCAGCAUGAGAAGCCUGUUGUGUCUGGACGUAUCCGAAAACAAAAUGGAGCGACUUCCGGAGGAGUUGGGUGGCCUGUUGGCGCUCACUGACCUGCUGGUGUCUCAGAACCUAAUUGAUGCUUUACCAGAAAGUAUUGGAAAACUACGGAAACUUUCUAUUUUGAAAGCGGAUCAGAAUAGGCUAACUUAUCUCCCAGAGAGCAUCGGUAGCUGUGAAAGCCUUACUGAACUUGUGCUCACUGAGAACCAGAUACAGAGUUUGCCGAGGAGUGUUGGGAAAUUAAAGCGACUAUCCAACUUCAACUGUGACAGAAACCAGCUAACGGCAUUACCUAAAGAGAUCGGGGGCUGCAGCGGUCUGAAUGUCUUCUGUGUGCGAGAGAACAGGCUGACGAGGAUCCCGUCAGAGCUCUCACAAGCAACGGAACUGCAUGUUCUGGACUUCUCUGGAAAUAGGCUCACCCACUUGCCGAUGUCACUGACCACGCUGCGGCUGAAGGCUUUGUGGUUGUCAGAGAACCAGUCGCAGCCUCUCCUCACCUUCCAGACCGACAAGGAUCCUGACUCCGGGGAGAAGGUGCUCACCUGUGUGCUGCUGCCCCAACAGCCAUGUGAACCGGACAAUAAAGGCUCAGAUAAUCUCGCCCGCUGUGGAGCCCUGGAGAGUCUGGUGAAUGACAUGGCAGAUGACACGUGGGACGACAAAGCCCCCAACAGGAUCAGUGCCAUUCGCUUUCUGGAUGAUGAUGAUGAGGAGGAGGACGACGACCAGGGAACGCUACUUCGCCGGGCCACGCCUCACCCCGGCGAGCUGAAGACCAUGAAGAAAGCGGCCGAGAACCUCCGCAACGACAUGAACGCUGCCAAAGGCCUGGACUCCAACAAAAACGAGGUCAAUAAAGCUGUGGACAGAGUGACCACAUCCGUGUGACCGUUUAUUUACCUCAGACGUGUUUUUUUCGCCCUCCUGUGUCUCGCCGUAUCGUCCUGCACAAACCCCGCAGCCCCUUCUUUUCGUCUCCCUUCCGAACCCCCCCGGUGUGUGUGGCAAACCCCUCCUCUGAUCACGCCCCGGGACGCCUGUGACCGCACUCCACCUCUAGUCCUGUGAAAAACGCGUUCGACUCCGGCUACCUGGGUCGCUGUGCCUUCCUCGUUUAAAUUAAUGUCCAGAGUAGUAAUCUGCACACAUGCUCCUUUUUAAGAAGAUAAUUUAUCAAGAUUUUACUUUUUUAAAAGCCUCUUUUUUAAAAAUACAUUAGGUAGUUGCACUAUUAUAAGUCUUUAUAAUAUGGUUAAACCUUCUUUAAUGUAUUAUAUAUUUGUUUCAUAUCUAUUUUCCAAAACACUGGUUUAAUACUUUUUACAUUUUGGGCAAAAAUAAAAGCAGGUGUUUUUGAACCUACUGAUUAAGGAUUAUUGUUUAGCCUCUUGUGAAUAUUGCUACUUUUAUACUUUUUGGCAGCUCAGAUGUAAAUAAAAAUGUAUAGUAAACCUUUUUUUCUUUUUUGAACUUGGUACUGUCUCUCUUCAAAAAAAAAAGAAAAUCAAAAUAAUGAACAAAACGGAUGUCUUAUUCAAUACAUAUAAUUGUUAUUGGUUGAGCAGAUUGCCUUGAAUUUUGUUAAUUUGUAAAACAUCUAGUCCUUUUCGUUGGAUUCUAAAUUAAUUUGAUUAAUUAAGUUUGGAUUUAAGUGCUGCACAUCAACCUUUAAUUACUCAUCUGCAACAUAAUUGUGCAGAAGUAACGGUGCCGUCUUAUUUAUAUGUGCUGUGCUUUACUGUUUUACAAUGUUUUUCAAAUAGAUGCCAAAAGCGGUAAAAACAACAACAUCCUUCCCUUUUAACGGAGGAUACUGUGUACAAUAAUCAUCAGGUCUGGUCAGAAUCCUUUAAAAUUGCAUUUGUUAGAAGUUCUACUUUAAUGCACUUCUCAGCAUUUGUUAAAUUCUUUUAAAUGGUACAUGCUCAUUUUGUAUUAUUUUGUUUUCAAAUUGAUUGCAAAAAGGGGACCAGACAAAUUGGUCCAAGUGUUGGUUUUUAUGUUUUGAAUUAUUGCACAGAACAGAUCUCCGAUGGGCACUGCGCCUAGAGAUUUGCAUGACAUUUUAACCACUGAUCAAUAAAAUGAGUGCAACACUAAAAAAAA